CAUAAACGUGUGUUGAGGUUUUCUCAAGAAGCUUCCAACAUAGUCUUUGUUGUCAAUUUUCAUCUUCUUGGCCUUCAUCGAAAAAUCUCAUCUUCAUCUCAGAUUUCGAUAUUUACCCCUUCGGUGUUAAUCUCUCGUCAGAAAAUCCUCAGGCGACAAGAGCCAGCCAUGGAUCUCCAGCCAGAAGAGCUCCAGUUGUUGACGAUUCCUCAACUACUUCAAGAAUCCAUCUCAAUCAAGAAACGAACUCCAAGAACCUUCUACCUCAUAACCCUCUCCCCAAUCUUCCCUCUCUCCUUCGCCAUCCUCGCCCACUCUCUCUUCACUCAGCCCAUUCUCGCCGAGCUCGACUCCUCCGACCCACCAAACUCUGACCGUUCCCGUCACGACUGGACCGUGCUCCUUACCUUCCAGUUCAGCUACCUCAUCUUCCUCUUCUCCUUCUCUCUCCUCUCAACCGCCGCUGUAGUCUUCACCGUCGCUUCUCUCUACACCGGCAAACCUGUCUCCUUCUCUUCCACCAUCACUGACAUCCCCAAAGUCUUCAAACGCCUCAUGAUCACUUUCCUUUGGGUUGCUCUCUUGAUGUUCGCUUACAACUCAGUCUUCCUCGUGUUCCUUGCGAUCCUUAUCGUAGCUCUAUAUUUGAACAGUGUAGGCUUAGCGAUCAUCGCCGGAGUUAUAAUCUCUGUUCUUUACUUCGUUGUUCAUGUCUACUUCACUGCCUUGUGGCAUCUAGGUAGUGUGGUUUCCGUUCUUGAGCCCGUUUAUGGACUCGCUGCCAUGAGAAAAGCUUAUGAGCUUCUCAAAGGGGAGACUAGGAUGGCUAUGGUGUUGGUCUUUGUUUACCUUUUGCUUUGUGCGGUGAUUGGUGGUGCUUUUGGAGGGAUUGUGAUUCAUGGUGGGGGAAAGUUUGGGACUUUGACUAGGACUCUUGUUGGUGGGUUGCUUGUUGGUUUGCUUGUGAUGGUGAAUCUUGUGGGUUUGUUGGUUCAGAGUGUGUUUUAUUACGUUUGCAAGAGUUAUCAUCAUCAGACGAUUGAUAAGACGGUUUUGUAUAAUCAUCUUGGUGGGUAUCUUGGAGAGUAUGUGCCUCUUAAGAGCAAUAUUCAGUUGGAGAAUUUAGAGUUUUGAAUAUUGGUUUUGAGCAGAAGAAGCUAAAGAGAUUCUGGUACUGUUUCUGGUGAUCUAUACGUAGUCCGGUUCGGAUUUGGUGAAAAGUUCUUGAUUAAAAACCCGAUAAAAUUCGGUACAGAUUCAAAAGUCCAUCAUUAACAUGUCAUCUGAUACUAGAUGAUUCGAUCAAUUUUUUAAAAA